AUCGCCGCCCUGGUUGGGUGCUGGAGACUGCCAUUAAUGGCCACCCUCCUCUCACCUUGCCAACCAAACCAAGCGCUUACCUUAAUUAAUUACGACCCCUGCUCAUAGAGAUCCAGUGUCCCAAACAAGCGAAGCCAAGAACUGAAGAAGAUGGAUUUGGCCUCUUCAGGCAUGAGGGGAAUCGAGAUCAAGUCGCCGGAGUGCGGCGGCGGCGGAACCCCUGCAAGCAGGAAGAAGUUGGGUGUCUACUUCGUCGAAUCCGAUGACCGGAGGGCCGACGCCGCCGCCCCUGUCGGCGGAGCAACGCCCGUCAACAUCCACGGGAAACCCAUACCGGAUUUGUCCAAGACGGGGGGUUGGGUGGCCGCCUUGUUCAUCUUCGGGAACGAGAUGGCGGAGAGAAUGGCUUACUUCGGGCUGUCGGUCAACAUGGUGGCCUUCAUGUUCUACGUUAUGCACAGGCCUUUCUCCGCCUCCGCCAACGCCGUCAACAAUUUCCUCGGCAUUUCCCAGGCUUCCUCUGUUCUCGGCGGCUUCCUGGCCGACGCUUAUCUCGGCCGGUACUGGACCAUUGCCAUUUUCACCACCAUCUACCUUGCGGGUUUAAUAGGAAUAACUCUCUCAGCAACAAUGGGAGUAUUUGUUCCAAACCAAAACCAAUGUGAUCAGCUUGCACUGCUGUUGGGCAACUGCGAGGCAGCAAAGCCAUGGCAGAUGACAUACCUCUACACAGUCCUUUACGUGGCCGGGUUCGGCGCGGCGGGCAUAAGGCCGUGCGUGUCGUCCUUCGGCGCGGACCAGUUUGACGAGAGGAGCCGAGACUACCGGGCGCACCUCGACAGAUUCUUCAACCUCUUCUACCUCUCGGUCACGGUCGGGGCCAUCAUCGCCUUCACGGCCGUCGUCUACAUCCAAAUCAGGUUUGGGUGGGGGUACGCUUUCGCGGCGUUGGCCGUCGCGAUGGGCCUCUCGAAUGUCGUGUUCUUUGCAGGCACGCCUCUGUACCGGCACCGUUUGCCGGGAGGCAGCCCCCUCACCCGAGUUGCUCAGGUGCUGGUGGCUGCUUUCCGGAAGAGGAAGGUUGCUUGGGACGAGAGUGAGUUUGUUGGGCUCUACGAGCUUCAGGGCAAACGGUCAGCUAUCCAGGGCAGCGCCAAGAUUCCCCACACCAAUGAUUUUCGAUGUCUGGACAAAGCAGCAUUGCAGCUAAAGGAAGAUGGAAUAAGUCCAAGUCCAUGGAGGCUGUGCACAGUGACUCAAGUGGAAGAAGUGAAAAUCCUAAUAAAACUUGUCCCAAUCCCAGCCUCCACCAUAAUGCUCAACAUAAUCCUGACUGAGUUCUUGACCCUCUCAGUCCAGCAAGCCUACACCCUCAACACACACAUGGGCCGCCUCAAGCUCCCCGUCACCUGCAUGCCCGUCUUCCCUGGCCUCAGCAUCUUCUUCUUCCUCUCCCUCUACUACUCCGUCUUCGUCCCCUUGUCGCGCCGCGUCACCGGCCACCCCCACGGCGCUUCCCAGCUCCAGAGGAUCGGCAUCGGCCUGGCCGUUUCAAUCCUCUCGGUGGCGUGGGCCGGGGUGUUCGAGCGGUACAGGAGAGAGUACGCGGUCAGGAACGGGUUCGGGGGAAGCUUCCUGACCCCGAUGCCCGACCUCACCGCGUACUGGCUCCUCAUCCAGUACUGCCUCAUCGGCAUCGCGGAGGUGUUCUGCAUCGUGGGCUUGCUCGAGUUCCUCUACGAGGAAGCGCCCGACGCCAUGAGAAGCGUCGGCUCGGCCUACGCGGCCGUGGCCGGGGGUCUUGGGUGCUUCGCGGCUUCCCUUACGAACGACAUCGUGAAAGCCGCGACCCGGAAGGGGGAGGACGGGGAUCUGGAUUCUUGGCUGUCCCAGAACAUAAACGCCGGGCGGUUCGACUACUUUUACUGGCUUUUGACGGCGAUGAGUGUGAUCAACUUCUGCGCCUUUUUGUACGCGGCGAGUCGGUAUCAGUACAGGGCAAAGCCGGGAACCGAGAUGGGUACGCCGCGGGCGAAGACUGAGCUUGCAACCGUAGGGGAGUGAAGUGUUGUAUGUGUUGAACGAUUUUACAACAAGUUUGCUGCUCAUAUAUACUAUACAUAUAUCUUUGAAGUGUAUUAUGUAUACCAAAAUGUGUUCUAUGGAAUUCAAAGAAAGGGGCUUCAUUGGU